AUCCUUUUCAAUAAAAGUUUCAGUGCCGGUCUAAGGAUAUAUUUCAAUUCGAAAGUGAUUUUUAUUUUUAAUGUUCUGCGGACUUUGUGUGGAUAAUCUUUAAGGCCGGAAAAUGAGUAUAAAGAUUCCGGCAGUACUGUGCUGCUUAACUGCAGCAGCUUUUGCUGCCAUAGCACCAGGUCAAAACGCUUAUCUACCUCCGAAGCAAGGCUACGAAUAUCCAACUCCUAAUAUACCAUUUACCACACGUCCACCAGUAGUAACCCUCCGACCUACACCAUCACCGUUCAAACCCACAGUGACUCAACCUCCCUACAGACCUACCUCACCUCCUUAUAGACCUCCAGCAACGCCAUCUCCUAAACCACCUACACAACCACCUUACAGACCACCUGUAACUCAACCUCCUUAUAGACCUACAUCGUAUAGUCCUCCGAAACCAACAUAUGGUCCACCUCCUACACAACCUCCAUUUAGACCACCAGGUACUCAACCUCCUUAUAGACCUACAUCGCCUCCGUAUAGACCUCCCGGAACACCACCUCCUUUUAAGCCAACUGGACCUCCCAGACCGACUUACGGACCUCCUCCGACACCAGGACCGAGACCUUUUCCUACCCCGGGAAUACCUCCGAGACCUGGAUCAACACCGCCGUUUAAACCAGGACAACCAAUACCAGGAAAUGGAGAAAACGAUCAUCUUCUUCUUCCACACAAGCCCGCAGAACCGUUUCAAUUUAAUUACGAGGUGAAAGAACCGCGAUUCGGUAACGAUUAUUCUCAUAACGCUAUAAAUAAUGGCGAUCAAACGAAUGGAGAGUACAGAGUGCAAUUACCAGACGGUAGGAUACAAGUCGUCAAGUACACCGCCGAUUGGGCUACCGGAUUUCAUGCCAAAAUCCGAUACGAAGGUACACCUAACUACCCGUCUUACCCGGCACCAAGUUACCCGAAACCAUCACCGGGACCUAGUUACCCGAAACCAUCACCGGGCCCUAGUUAUCCGAAACCAUCACCGGGCCCUAGUUACCCGAAACCUUCGUAUCCUUCACCGACACCUAGUUACCCGAAACCUUCGUAUCCUUCACCGGGUCCUAGUUACCCAAAACCUUCCUAUCCUUCACCAGGACCUUCACCAACACCUAGUUACCCGAAACCUUCGUAUCCUUCACCGGGUCCUAGUUACCCAAAACCUUCGUUCCCUUCACCGGGACCUAGUUACCCAAAACCUUCGUUCCCUUCACCGGGACCUAGUUACCCAAAACCUUCGUUCCCUUCACCGGGACCUAGUGUCCCGAAGCCUUCGUUCCCUUCACCGGGACCUAGUGUCCCGAAGCCUUCUUUCCCUUCACCGGGACCUAGUUACCCUUCGCCUAGCAGACCUUCCCCAUCUCCAGGACCUGGACCAGGGUAUCCGAGUGGUAAACCUCCAGGUCCCUCUUUUCCUACUCCUAUAAGGCCACCUGUAGGUCCACCUAGAGGUCCAGGAACAGAGUAUUUGCCUCCUGAUGAUAGACAGAAGUAUGCACCGGGUGGAGGUUAUGCGUAUUAGCCGGAUGACGUAGAAACUUUUUUUUUAAAAAAAACUGUUCAGGAAGUGAAAAUGAUAAAAAUAAUCAAACUGCCUUAUAGAGAUAAUGUUUCUUUUCAUAAGAAUUUUUUUAUUUGUAAAUAAUAAGAGUUGAGGUUAUGUCCGAAAUUAAAGGUUACGAUAAUCGGCAACGUAGGUACGAAUAAAUACUUUUUGACGUUGACAGACAGCUCAGAAACUGCUUAAACGUGAUUUUUUACUAUUUUUUGUUAUCUACAAGAAAUAAAAAAAACUACACUGCCAAAAAUGCUCCUCUAUUCAUUGAAAUUUAGUUAGAAGCGAUAUAAAACGUGAAAAUGACAAUAAUUUAGUUUCAGUAUUGAUUUUUAAACGCUAUUUGCUUAGGCUAAAUUAUAAAUGUACUUAUUUGACAAUAAAACAAUAUUUUUGUAAA